GCAUCCGGAGGUUGCCACGGAAGUCACAAAAAGAAGCUGUGAGGAGGGGCGGGCGCAGGCAGGGAUUGGCUGGCAUGCGGGCCAAUCGCCGCGUCCCGUCCCUGCGAGAAAGCCGUCGUCGCAAUCACCGGCAGUUGUCCAGAUGGGGGUUUCGAGGAAGGGAGGGAGGCAUCGGGGCCGGUCGGGGUUAGAAAGUAACUGUAGGAAGCUGGACGCUUGGGCAGUAUAGUAUAUUACCACCUGGUGUUUUGGACUGCACGUUAUGAACCCUUUCUGGAGCAUGUCUGCAAGUUCUACGCGCAAGAAACCGGAAACAGAAGAAAAGGCUGUGGCUGGUGAGCUGAAGAACAGUCCUCCACGCUCCGCUCCCAAAAAACAGCUGCCCUCUAUUCCCAAAAAUGUUAUGCCAAUGACCAAGCCUGCUUCUCCUGCCCUCUCAGCUCAGUCUACAAAUGGAACGCAUGCCUCCUAUGGACCUUUCUAUUUGGAAUAUUCCCUGCUGGCAGAAUUUACUUUGGUUGUGAAGCAGAAGCUUCCAGGAGUCUACGUGCAGCCUUCUUACCAGUCCGCAUUAAUGUGGUUUGGAGUAAUAUUCAUAAGACACGGGCUAUAUCAAGAUGGUGUGUUUAAGUUUACAGUCUACAUCCCUGACAAUUACCCCGAUGGGGACUGCCCACGCUUGAUUUUUGAUCUGCCCAUUUUCCAUCCGCUAGUGGAUCCUGUCUCAGGUGAACUGGAUGUGAAAAGAGCGUUUGCCAAAUGGAGACGGAAUCAUAACCACAUAUGGCAGAUACUGAUGUAUGCGCGCAGAGUUUUCUACAAGAUCGACACAACCAGCCCUCUUAAUCCUGAAUCUGCUGUGCUGUAUGAAAAGGAUAUUCAGCUCUUCAAGAGUAAAGUGGUUGACAGUGUAAAGUUAUGCAGCAGUCACUUAUUUGAUCCACCCAAAAUAGAAGACCCUUAUGCCAUUAGCUUUUCUCCCUGGAAUCCAGCUAUACACAAUGAAGUUAGAGAGAAGAUGUUGACUCAGAAGAAGAAAGGAGAUGAUCCACAAUGUAAGAAUAUGCAAGUAUCUGGCCUGUCAUGGGUGAAACCUGGCUCUGUUCAACCUUUCAGCAAAGAAGAGAAGGGUCUUCCCACCUAGCUCCCGCAAAGAAGGCAGCACUCAACACUGCCGGAAGAGGGAAUGCUACAGAGCCAAACAGUGGAACCGUGUUUCCCUUCUUGACUUUGGAUUAGUAAAGAGUAAAUGCUAGCAAUGACUAAAGUAAUCCCAUUCAGUGGGGUUGCUUGGACUGUUCUUGAUGUUUUACACGUUUUAAUUGCUGCCUGCGAGUAGGUCUUAAAGGUUGGGUUUCUGCAAGGAAGUCCAUUGUGUGUGGGUGAUGCCUGAGGAUUCAGAUAUCCCUUGAGGUUCUUGGUGGUUUCCUUUUUAAAGCUUUUUUUAAUGUAAAGAGCAGGCCAAAAAAACUCAUUCCAGAGAUAACCUGUGUUUGUGUAAACUAAUAUAGCAGAGUAAAAUACUAUAUUUAAAACUUUUUAAAUGCAUUGGUUUCUAUUGUAAAUAUAUUAGGAUAUGGAAUUUGUAAAUACUUGGUUCUGAUUCCUUCUAGCCCUUUUAGGGGCAGAAAGGCCGAGACUGAUUAUGUAUGAUGUGUACCUAUUUUUUCUUUUCUCCUUUACAGAUGUUGCCAUUACUGGCUGCUUCUAACAUAACUUGUUCCAUAAUCUUUAGGGCUACAACCAAAUUGCCUGCAAGAAUCAUAUAUGAGGAAAGAUUUUACUGCAAAAAGAUUGUCAAGAGAAUAACUAGCUCUUUUAUUGUGAUAGUUGCAUGCAUCUUAAAUCAAGAACCUAAAGAUGUGUCAAAGUAAUAUUAGAAGCAGCCUUAAAUAGUACAUUAGUCAGGAAAGGUUUUUUUUUUAACGAAAAAUUUCAAAUUCCCUUAGAGUUCUUGGUUUUAAUAAAAUCUUAAAGCGAACCUAGCAUAGGUUGACUGAGGAAUCAUGCUUGAGAUGACUUGACUAAUGUGUUAAUAGUGACAUCUUUAAAAAAAAUAAAAACCAAUCAUGGUAGAA